CGAAACUCGCUUUCAUCAAGACUUUGUUACCUUUCCCAAGACUCUCGUGGACUUCUUUGGGGAUCGUGCAAAGGCGUUUCUGGAGCUUGAACUGGACUGUCCUUGCGUCGCGACUGUCCAGGCUAUGGUCAUACUGAGCUGUCAUGAGAUUGGAAAUGGGAUCGAUGCCCGAGGAUGGCUCUAUAGUGGCAUGGCAAUACGACUCGCGUUUGACCUCGCUUUAAACCUUGAUAUGUCAGCUUAUGCUUCCAAGGGAGAUAUUACUCCUGAAGAUGCGGACCUUCGUCGAACAGUAUUUUGGGCUGCAUACCUUGUUGAUCAUCAAUUGGGAUUCCAUCUUGGCAGACCUUUCCGCACCAGCAUGGAGGACGUGACCGUUGGCAAACCACACGACCAAGGGAAUACAUUGGGUCCUUCCAGAUGGAUACCUUACGGGCUUCAGGAUACAACAACUGGGGCAUCUGGCUUCCUUGAUUGCACCGAAGCUGUGAGUCGGCAGUUGAUUUCUCUUCGUGAGCUCAUGGCCCCAUGUGGAUAUAUAUUAUACGGCACAUCUAGCAUCUCCAAAGCAGUCCUACAAGAGCUCAACGCAAAGAUUGUUGCACAGCUUCGAAGUAUGCAGUACCGCCAGAAUAUAGUCUACGCCCAUCGGCCCUGGAUGUCAAAAAGUGGGUUACAGCCACAACCACCUAGGGGCCCAGGCUACCUUCACGCUCAUGAAAUGUGCAUACAGUCCGCCAUUUCAAUCUCGAAAAAUCUCAUCUUGUAUGAGGCUAGGUAUACAUUGCGACGCAUGAAUGUUAAGGCAGUGUCAAUCACUUCGUCUGCCAUCCUUAUACUUCUCUUCGCCUCCGUGUCCAAGCAUCCGACCCGCUCACACAGUGAUAUCGCAAUGAAUUUAAGUACUUGCUUCAGUCCCCCUUUAUUCUACCUUGUUUUCUUAAAAAUGUAUAGAAUGAAAUUAGGUUCUGGAUACCAAUGAAAUUAUAUCUCAGCUGAUGUUCUAUUGAUCAGAGUAUCAUGGAUAUAUUGUAGAAAAGUACGGUCGUUAAGCAUUCCUCUCUAUAUAUAUUUGAAAGCGACUAGACCAUGCGGCCUUGGCGGAAGUUCACGGAUGUCAUCCCCUUUUGUCUCUGAGAGCCACCCUUUUGGCUUUUAGAGGGAUAGUCGCUGUUGAUAUCCGACCAUUGGUCAUACAUCUGA